CAGAAUACUAUCACAUAUGAGUAUAUGAGCAUAGUGGCUGUGACCACUAACGCACACUACCGCCGCUGCAGCGCAGGGGCCCCAACAGAAUCCCUGGCGGUGUGUGUGACACUCCAUCAGCGGCUGAGUAAUCACAACAGGAAUAGUUUGCUUUGAACAAAGAACGGUAUUAACUCUUAACACUACUGACUACUUGUACGGGGUAGUUACUUUACUUGUUGCCAGCUCAGCUCACCCCCUCAUUCCCUCCGAGGACGGAGCACAGUCAGUCAGUCAGUCAGUCAUAAACUCACGACUACAACAAUCAAGUAUGAGUGAGGCUAGGCCACGUUGCACCCCCUUCCAACCCCCUGAUUGGCUCGUCACCCACGGAGCAGCCCUGUUCUCAGCCUUGCCUUUUUAUAGCCGGAGACUUUGUUAUUGGUCACCGCAGCCAACUAGGGGGAUUCUUUGUGCUGGACCGAGUACUCCGUACAUAUGAAGUGUCGAGUAAGAUGGAAACAUAUGAUAUAACUCAUACUCUACUCUGUACAAGUAAUAGAAUAAGCAAGGUAGAAUCCUCACAUGCAGCUCUGUAUACUUACCCUGACACAUACCCUGACUGCGCACGGCUCAUCCAACGGCUCCCUCUCCUCCUGUGAGCUACGAUCAUCUUCCCGAAUUCUUCCAUUUUCGUUGUCAUACCUCAUC